UGAUCCGCAGCUGGCGCGGGUGUGUACGUUUGCCCUCCAGUGUAAUUCUCUCGACGAGAUCUCAUUUCUCACUGACGGUGCGCGACAAAGAGGGGAGACCGAGGAGCACCCAUGGUGCAGUAACCUUUCGCUGUGCUCUCUCCUCUCCGUCUCUACGCUGAAGAACGCGAACCGGAGUCACGAGCAUCCCUCGUGAGGUCAGCGAUCACGCGAUCAGGAUAUCUUACUUAUAACACGAAUCAGAGUACGCGUCGAUCGUUAUCGGUGUGCAAACGAAGUUGUCCGAUUGAAAAAAAAAAGGAAAUAUUACGUUUCGCGGAUAAUCGCGAGGGGCUUGAGUCGCGAAAGUUGACGAGAGGAAUUGUCGAGUACGCGGUCCACACCGACACGGUCUCUUCACCUGCACCCCUGGGACCUUCGGGGCACGCUGCUCACGCUCCACCGGCACGGAUUUGCGUGCGGUUCUCAACCCCCUGACCCAAUUAGUUCGCCCAUGUCGAGAGUAUCCGUGACGUGCGCUGGCUGCUCUUAGAUGAAAAUUGCCUCUGUUCUCGGGAUCGUCCAACGAGUGAUGUGUCAUUAAAAGGGCGCCAUUGUUCGCGCUCCUUGUUCGAAGGAUAAGUCGAAGGAUAAACAACGCGAUACAAUUUGGAUUUGGAGUUUGUGAAGAAUAAGUGUCAAAAGUGAUAGAGCGCCGAGCUCGACCAGUGUUUUCAUCGCGAAGUGCAGUGAGAAAAGAUACGACCAACAUUCGAAAAAUUAACCGGACAACCUCGAGAGAUAAUUCAAACAAGAAACGGUUUCUCUCGUACACUCACGUCUGUCAACAAUUAUCGUUUAACGGAAUCGUCGACAAUUGUUCCGUGCGCGGUGUAUUCUGUACACGUACGAAACGCGACCGUUUGCCAAUCGACGACGGACCACCAACCGGUACCGUCCACUUAACCUCUUGUUCGCGAAGCUCGCGCGGGAGUUGAAUUUUCUCGCUGGCAUUGACAGAUCGAUAACAAAGUUUGCGUGCAAGUUAGCUUGGUCCAUAGCCGGCAGCGAGUAGCGACAACGUGUUCGACCCCCGUGGAAUGCGACUACUCUAACGAUCAUCGUCCAAGUGCAACGAUCCGAAAAUUACCGGACCGUCGUUCAUUAAAAGAAAACUGCGUUCGAACUCGUUCGAAAUCGAAGCCGGUCGUGACAUGCUCGAAUCCUGAAGGGCGAAAGAUACGCUCUGCCUCGCUCGUGGAAGGAUCUGUGUACGGAGCGCAGUGCAUCCGCCGGAAAUCUGACGGGCCGGAAAUCUGACGGCCGCCGUGGCAGUGGCCUCUCGUUGUCGCUACCGAGCAGAAAACGGCAAUACCUGGUGAAGUAUAAACGUAAGCAGGAAGCGAGACAGAUCGCCGAGGGCAACGGGGAGCAACGGGGCACUCCGUGGCCCGUGCUUCUGGACGAUCGUCGCAACAAGGGUGCAACGGUGAAGGGUAACGGUGGAUUCGGCGAUUACUCCGCAGCGGGGGAGUUCGAGGUUUGGGGCGACGAGCAACACGCUGCGGAUGGUGUAGAAAGGCAGGUGGCGAGGCCGCCUUCGCGGCAGCAACGAUGCGAAGGCGGUUCGUCGCUGAGGCCGUUGCUUCACGUCGCGCAUUGUGAGUUGCACUCGCCCCGCGAGCCGGAGCUGCUCCGACUCGACCAUCUGGAGGCGCUCGAGCACAAGUCCGCCGCCGAGCGGGACUCGUACUCGAUGAUGGAGAACUUUCACAGCCCCGUGCCACCACCACUCCCGCGACGCCACGUCCGGCUUCCACCGCCGCAGCAGCAGGUGACAGUCGGCUCUCUGGGUGGUGGUUUGGGGGCUGCUGCCGGAAAUGGUGGUAUAGGUACCGUGGGCGCCCAAGGUCAAGCCAUGGUAAUGCCAGGAUUCCGCGCCGCAGCAGUGCCACCCUAUUCGCCGUAUUCCCCGUCACGUUUUCACAUCGACAAACGGUGCCAGCACAGAUGCUCCUGGAAGUGUUUCUCCAUCGCGCAGAUCCUUCUCUCCGUUGCGCUGACAGCGAUGUUGGCUUACUUCGCUACAGUGAGCUCCAUGCGGCCGAUAGACAGCACAAAAUGCGUGGUGCUCCAAGACGUGAAAGCUGUCACUCAUGAGAACGCGCACGUUCACGACCCGAUAUCAACGCAAAUACCCACGGAAGAGUCUCUACCAACAAGCACGGCAGAGCACUCGAGCGCGUCGGACAGCGCCGGGGACCAACAGAGCGACCCACAGAUCCAGCAAUCCGCGCAGCAAUGGCCAGCGGUGCUCGAGCUACAAGCUUAUAACGUAGCCCAUUCCGCCGUAAUACCGCCUUACCACUUCUGGAACACCGAGUUCCGAAACAAGCAGCCUGCCUUCAUCCGGCUGAACCUAACGUUGCCCUGGGGCGCGAACUUCGCCGUUUACGGAAGACGGAACGUAGCUCCGAGCGUCACGCAGUACGAUUUCGUCGAGUUCGUGAAAGGUGGCCGGGUUGAUCACAGAUUAAAGAGGGACACCAGUUCGGAGGCAGUCAGUUUCAUGAAAGCGGCGACGAUGGUCGCACGAGGCAACGAGAAUCGAUCGUACCAACACGUUCUGAUCAAACGGACCAUCGUCGAGCCUAUGAUGGUGAACGUUAGUCUGCUCCAGCAUCUGGACACCGGACGUUGGUUCAUUUCGGUGUACAACGACGAGCUGCAGCCGUACAAGGUUACACUGGUUGUGACCGAAGCCGAGGGCGUAUCGACUACCUGUCUCAACGACUGCUCUGGAAGAGGAUCGUGUUAUCUUGGAAAGUGCGACUGCAUUGACGGGUAUCAGGGAGCCGAUUGCAGCAAGAGUGUGUGCCCGGUUCUGUGUUCGUCUCAUGGACAAUAUGGAGGCGGUAUGUGUCACUGCGAGGACGGCUGGAAAGGUGCCGAAUGCGAUAUACCAUUAGGAGACUGCCAAGUUCCUGAUUGCAAUCAACAUGGGCAGUGCGUUAGGGGAUCGUGUGUCUGUAAUCCUGGUUGGAAGGGCGCAUUCUGCGAUGAACCCGACUGUUCCGAUCCGAACUGCAGCGGACAUGGAGCCUGCGUCGCCGGAAAGUGCUAUUGCAAAGCAGGUUGGCAGGGAGAAAAAUGCAACCAGGUCGACCAGCAGGUAUACCAAUGUCUACCCCGUUGCUCGGACCACGGAACGUACGAUCUCGAAUCCGGAAGUUGCGUAUGCGAGGGACACUGGACCGGCGUAGAUUGUUCGCAACCGAGCUGCGGUCUCGACUGCGGACCACACGGAACCUGCGAACAGGGUCUUUGCAAAUGCAACGAUGAUUGGACCGGAAGUAAAUGCGACCAGAAACCAUGCGACCCACGCUGUGCGGAACAUGGUCAGUGCAAGAAUGGAACCUGUGUUUGUAGUCAAGGAUGGAACGGAAGGCAUUGCACACUGCCCGGAUGCGAGAACGGGUGCAGCCGUCACGGUUUGUGCACCUUGCAAGAUGGCGAGUACAGUUGCGAGUGUUCGACCGGCUGGGCAGGCAGGGAUUGCAGCAUACGACUCGAAAUGGAAUGUAAUGACUUUAUUGACAACGAUCAGGAUGGCAUGAUGGACUGUUCUGACAGCGAGUGUUGCUCGCACGUAGCUUGCGCAGAGCAUAUCAUGUGCCUUACUAGUAAUAAUCCCGUGGACGUCCUCCUACGCAAACAACCGCCCAGCGUGACCGCGUCGUUUUAUCAGCGCGUAAAAUUCCUCGUUGAGGAAAACAGCGUGCAAAGCUACGCUCAUAUGAACGAGUACACCGAAAGUACGUUCUGGAGUUCCUUUACACCGCGUCGAGUUGCGGUGAUGCGAGGCCAAGUUGUUACCGAACAAGGAAUCGGAAUAGUAGGCAUCAGGGUGUCCGUCGACAGGGACCCCCGCUUUGGAUUCACGUUAACCAGAGCUGAUGGAUGGUUCGACGUACUGGUCAACGGAGGUGGUGCAGUGACGCUUCAGUUCCAGCGUAGCCCGUUCAAGCCCCUCACGAGGACGGUGUUCGUGCCAUGGAAUCAAAUAGUGGUCCUGCCUCCGGUAGUGAUGACCCUUAACGAGGAAGGCGAGUCCCACAAAUCCAACCAACCACCAAGCCCAGCUGUGGGCUUCCCAGGGAUAUCGAUGGGACUAUUUAGCGAACACGGACCGUGUCUAGAACACGACCAUGAACUGCUAAGACCCAUCAUCGUCAGCACCUGGAUGCCGGAAAAGGUCGGCGGUCUCCCGGGCAAGAGUUUAGUCUUUGCAGAGAGCCAGAUUGUUCAAGAGAGCAUCGCUAUUCCGGGUUCGAACCUCCACUUGAUGUACCAAAGUAGCCAGGCUGCUGGUUAUCUCUCGACAGUGAGGAUGCAACUGACCGGUCCUUUCAUACCAAAGUCGCUGACACACGUGCAUGUGCACGUGGAAAUCGAGGGCUCGCUGCAUACGAAGACGUACGAGGCGGACCCGAAUUUAACGCAUACGUUCGCCUGGAACAAGCGGAACGUUUACAAGCAAAAGGUGUACGGCGUUGCCCAAGCGAGGAUCUCGAUCGGCUAUCAGCAUUCCACUUGUCCAGCGGUGAUCUGGGAAACGCAGACGGCCACGUUGCAAGGUUUCGAUGUAGACAUCUCGGAUAUCGGUGGCUGGGGACUGGACAUCCACCAUCACUAUAACUUCCACGAGGGUAUACUGCAGAAAGGGGAUGGUACCACGUUGCAUUUCAAGCAGUAUCCCCGUACCGUGAAGGUGGUAAUGGGUACUGGACUACAGAGAAACUUGGUGUGCCAAGACUGCGACGGUUUAGCGAAAGAUGCCAGAUUGUUGACGCCAGUUGCAUUGACCAGCGGUCCAGAUGGAAGCAUUUACGUGGGAGAUUUCAAUCUGGUACGAAGAAUCACGCCGGAAGGAAACGUGUACACUGUUCUAACUUUAAGUGCAACACAAGUAGCUUAUGAAUACUAUCUCUGCGUUUCCCCGGCGGAUGGUCAUCUGUAUAUUAGUGAUCCAGAAAAACAUCAAAUAUUAAAGGCUUUGUCGCUGAAAAAUGUUCAGCAUCCUAGCAUCAACAUCGAGGCAGUAAUUGGAAGUGGAGAAAGAUGCAUUCCUGGCGACGAAAGUCAUUGCGGUGAUGAGGGUCCAGCUAUUCGUGCUAAAUUAGCUCAUCCAAAAGGAAUUGCUAUUGCCGCUGAUAAAACAAUGUACAUCGCUGACGGAAGAAAUAUCCGUGCAGUAGAUCCUCAUGGGAUUAUUCAUACCCUGGUAGGACACCACGGGCAUCAUAAUCACUGGUCCCCAGCUCCUUGUGUUGGUGCUAUACCUGCUCAUCAGGCGCAACUCCAAUGGCCAACUGGACUGACCCUAAGUCCUUUAGAUGGAUCCCUUCACUUCAUCGAUGACAGACUCGUCUUAAAACUCACCAGCGAUUUGAAAGUACGCGUAGUAGCAGGCACGCCACUUCACUGUACUACCAACACCAAUAGUAAUGGAAAUAACAACGAUAGUGAUAUCAAAAAAAUCAAUUCUACGACCACGAGUAAUCCUAAGAAAUCAGAUGAAGUUCUUGGCUCCGUACUGGCUGUCAGCUUCAGUCCUACUGGCGAAUUAUACAUAGCGGAAAGCGAUUCGCACAGAAUGAACUCUAUUAAGAUCGUAGACAGCUCGGGAAAAAUGUCCCACUUUGCUGGGCAACAACAGGAAAGAUUACGCGGCCAAUGCGAGUGUAACAAUACCACUCCCAGUACUAAGGACCUGGAAAGUUGCUCGUGCACCGAUGAUACCAGCAGUACGGAGACGUUACUAUCGUCGAAUGCUAAAUUCACUGCAAUUUCCGCAUUAGCUGUGUCACCGGAUGGAGUUUUACACGUGGCUGACCAAGGAAGUCUACAUAUCUUGGCUUUGCAACCAUAUCUCCCGAAUCAUGACGAGAGUGGAGAAUUCCAUAUUCCCUUCCCUCCAUCGAACGAAGUAUACGUAUUUAACCGUUAUGGUCAGCAUAUUUCCACCAAGGAUUUGACAUCCGGAAAAACUCGUUAUUCCUUCUUGUACAGCAAGAAUACAAGCUUUGGAAAAUUGUCCACAGUGACAGACAGCGCUGGGAAUAAAAUUCAGUUCUUGAGAGACUACAGUAGUGUCGUUAGUUCUAUAGAAAAUACGCAAGAUCAUAAGUCCGAGUUGAAGAUUUCAGCUGUCGGUUUCCUGGAAAAGCUUUCCGAAAGAGGAAGAGCUGAGAUUGCACUCGCAUAUGAUGGAUCGACUGGCUUGCUAACUAGCAGAUCAGGAGGUGGUGAAACAUACAUUUACAAUUAUGAUAGUUUGGGCCGAGUGACGGAUGUCAUCCUUCCUACGGGUGAAAAAUUGAAGCUGUCUUCCGAUUUAUCUGACGACGAAGGUUUGUCAGUUAAAGUGUCAGCUCCGCUUCAGGCUUUGUCGAAAGGAGACAAACAGAGGUCCGCCGAAUUCAUAAUGAAGAACGAAAGAUCGAAGAUUUUGACCAUUACUGAUGGCACCAAAGUCAAGAAGGCUAUCGCUUUCACCAAUAGCAGCCUGGAAGUUCUCCUCCCUGGAGGUGGUAGAGUAUUGAGUGCGGCUACUACAAAACAUCCUCUUCUAGAAGCCGCUCUACCAGUGGAGGCCGAAAUGUUGCCAAUGUGGAGCUACCAAUUAAUGUCCUUAGGCGAACUCACCAACACUAUGACCACCACUUACAGCCUAGUUGGUGAUGUCAGUCAUUUCCAGCAGACUUUGAACAGAGAGAUCUGGGUGAAUGACACUCGAGUAAUUGGCGUGGAAUUCGAGCAAGCAUUCAGGCGAGAAACCUUCUACGACAAAGGAAGGACUCCACUUCUGACGGUUACCUUCGACCCUGCUGAUUUACCUCUGACUUGGCAGCCGCAUGAACAAGGCUACAAUCUCAGCAUUACAUACGACAGAUUCAAUCGGAUAGAAAGCUGGAAGUGGGGGCCAUCCGAUGAAUCUUACGGCUACGAUCGACACGGACAAUUGGCUGAAGUUACUAAUAGUCAAGAUGGGACGAAACAAUACACAUAUAACGAUUUCAACAUGCUGUCCAACAUCACUUUAGCUAGUGAUAGACAAUUCACGUUGCAGUAUGACGACGACGGUGGUCUGCGCCAUAUCAUACUUCCAUCGGGAACCAAACACUCAUUUUCGUGUCAAGCUUCCCUAGGAUUUCUCAGAGUGACAUAUACCCCGCCAGGCAGCAGUAGAGCUUAUCUCCAACAUUAUAGUCAUGAUGGAAAUUUAUUGCAAACUGUAUUCCCUGGUGAUGGAGCUCGUAUCGUAUACAGAUAUCACACUUCGGGACAACUCGCUGAAGUUGUUCACGGCGAUGGGAAGAGCGAAAUUAGAUACACAGAAAGCGGUCUACCUUCAGAAGUCAUUCACUCCGAACGAGACGUAGAGUACAAAUGGGAUUAUCAGUACAGUGCUGGACUGUUAGUUGAAGAGCGCAUCGACUUCGGCGCAAAAACGGGCCUCAGCAAUGCCAAAUUCACAUUCGAUUACGAUUCAAACUUCAGACUUAUCAAUGUACAAGGUAGAAUAGGAGGACAGACACUUCCAACUUACACCAUGGCCUACAGUCCAAAAACAGGUAUGCUGGAGCAGAUUGGCCAGUUCAAAGUGACCAGACCUCAGCCUAACGAGACUACUGUUUUUGAUGGAACUGCAUUCUUCUCGAGAAUUACGGAUGACAGAUUUUUGGAAACCCAAGUCACGUUGACGAUUCAUCAGAUGGAAGUUUUUAGAAUGGAGUUCACGCACGAUACUCGCGGUCGUAUCAAUCAAACCAGGACUUAUACGCGUAAUGUCGCCGUCAACACUUAUACUAACGUGAAGAAUUAUACUUGGGACUGUGAUGGACAAUUAACGGGAGUCGAAGCUCAGGAACCAUGGGGAUUCAAAUAUGACGCAAAUGGAAACAUGUUAUCAUUGACAUAUCGAGGAAACACUAUCCCCAUGGAAUAUAAUAGUAUGGACAGGAUUGUAAAAUUCGCUGAAGGAUUGUAUAAGUAUGAUAAUAGAGGUCUGGUCGUACAGAAUGCUAGGGAGGAAAGAUUCAGCUACAAUGCUAAAGGCCUCUUGGUGCGCGCAUCGAAACAUGGACGAUUUGACGUUCGAUACUACUAUGAUCAUAUGGAUCGAUUGGCUACUAGAAAAGAUAACUAUGGAAAUGUUACACAAUUCUUUUAUAACAAUCAAAAACGCCCUCACGAAGUCAGCCAGAUUUACAGUCCAAGGGAUGGUAAAUUAAUGUCGCUGGUAUACGAUGACAGAGGACAUUUGAUUUAUGCUCAAGUCUAUCGGCACAAGUAUUAUAUUGCUACCGAUCAAUGUGGCACACCGAUAAUGAUCUUUAGUCAAUAUGGCGAAGUCAUUAGAGAAAUCAUGAGAUCACCCUAUGGACAUAUCGUUUACGAUUCGAAUCCUUAUUUGUAUUUACCCGUUGAUUUCUGCGGAGGACUUUUGGAUCCGGUAACAUUAUUAGUGCACAUGCAGAAUGGGAAAGUCUACGAUCCAUUGAUAGGUAAACUCAUGUCUCCUUUGUGGGAGAACGUUCUGGACAGAGUGGACAACCCAACGCAUCUGCAUCUGUACAGGUUCAAUGGGAACGAUCCUAUUGAUGUUAGGCAUACAGACCGGCCAAACCAACCAACUGACCACAUAUCAUGGAUGUCGCGCCUGGGAUACGACUUAAAAAACCUCGCGCCCCAGCUCUUCCCCGAGGAACUGCCAGAUAGUCUUAUUCCCCCAGCCCUUGGUCCAGGCACAUCCAUAUUUGGCAAGAAGAAGAGAACCAGAAACCUUGGCGUUCAAUCCGGUUUCCUAGCUCACAUCGCACAAAGACAUUCCGGUGACGCUGUCAGUCUAUCGGCUCCACCUCGAUCUGCCCUGAAGAAAGACACCAGCGAUUUGAUACCAAGCCGUUUGGGCGCAGCCUCAGAUCCUCCAUUCGGCAAAGGAAUUUUAGUAUCGAGGACUGCGGACGGUCAAGCGGUUGUUUCCAGCGUGCCAACCGCUAAUGCUAUUUACGGUGACGUGUUCACUUCGGUAUUCAACCGAUCAUACUUCCUGCCAUUCACGUUCGUGGUGCAUAGUGCCCAACAGGAUGCUUUCUAUUUCGUGAAGGAAGAAACAUGGCGAGCUAGCGAAGAUCGUGGACAAUUAAAGCGUCUGGGUGGGCAAGUAAACACGACCUUCCACGAAAACGAGAACGGCUCGUUGAUCGACGUGAAGAUUCACGGCGCUAGUUAUGUUGUGAAUUUGCGCUAUGGCACCACCGCCGAGAAAGAGAAACAAAGACUGCUCCAUCACGCCAAAGCGACUGCCAUUCGCAAGGCCUGGCACAGGGAACGCGAGGCACUAAAGGCCAACACGCCGACGUCCAUAGAAUGGAUGGUGACCGAACAAGAUGAAAUCUUGAAGUCCGGGUCUGCAUCCAAUUACGAAGGCGAGUACAUCCACGACGCGCAACAGUAUCCGGAAUUGGCGGAGGACCCGUACAACAUCCGGUUCGUCAGGAAAGCCAUUGACCAGUCAAGCAAGAAGCGGCGUAGGAGGAGAGGCGCAGCCACUUGCAAGCUUUGGUGGCGGGACAAGAUCUGCUAAUUGAGUCCUAUUAACCGAAUUAGCCAUUGAGUCCUCCUCUCCUGACACACGCCGUUGCCGAGAGAAUUGUCCAAUCGUCGAAGCAACAGGAAUUUCCCAAUGGACGUUAGAUAUAGCGUGUAAUAAUGACGUGUUGAAAAAAAUUGAGAAGAUGAGGGACGAAGAAAGAAGAAAAAGUAGAUCGAGCAGUUCUUCGUAUGAAUGUACUGAAUACUAUCAAAAAAAAACAAAAAAGUUUUAUACCAAAGUCUAUUUGUGUAUUUCGAAGAUGCCAAAACAUUUAACGUUAUAUCGAUUAUAUUAUACCGCGAUUAGGGUUUAGUGUAUAAGCAUCUCGGGGAAAUGUUUGCCCGCGCGCGACCGUGCCCCAUCCGCAAUUCGUGACUCUUGCGGAUUAACAGAGAGUGUUGUCGCCGGUCACUUUGGGAAAAAAGAAGAUACGUUCCGAGAAGAAGCUCUCGUCCUUGCAGCAGUCACGAGGAACAAUGAAGAGCACGUAAACCUAUCGUUGUUCCUCCUUGUCGUGACAUAAGAAGAGUUCCUUGCGCAAACGACUGAAAGAGGAAUUUUUUUUUAAAAAAGAAAACACAAAAGCAAAUCGUACAUGUCAUCGUUGUGCCAUCAUCGUUGACAUGCGAACGUGACGAAGUGCCGCAUCAUCAUCGAUCGUGAACGUUAGAACGACGAAGGAAUGAUAGCAAGGAGCAGGCCAUUCGUCGUUGGGGCAAAUUGAGUGAGAGAAACUAGUCAAUAUAUAGCUUUACAUUGACGUAUAAACUUUUUCCAGUAGGGUAAGGAGGACACGUGGCGUCGAUGUACCGUGCAAAAAGAAAUAAGCCGUGUGUACUCAUUUGAUCGUCGUUUGUCCCCGCGAUACCUUAGUCGUACUUAGAUGUCGAGAAGAGAAUAAAGAAUCUGUAAGAGAAAUGAUUUCAAAAGGAGUAUACACCUACACGAUAAGUACGCCAUUUUGACGAAUCGCAAAUAGAUGCGGAAGGAAUACGCGCACGCAUAUCUCAACAAUGAAUGGCCCUGUGAGUGCUAGAGAGGAUUUAAAAAGAAAAAUCUUUUGUUAUGCAAUUAAUCAACGUCCAAGGUGUCGAAACGAAACUGCUAAAUUGUAUUGAAUCAACGAUAGGAUGAUAGCGGUAAAAAGAUGGUGUCUUUCGUUCGAGUGAUCAAUAGGCGCGGUUUCGAAUCGAUAUUCCAAAUUUAGGAAAUUGGAGGAGCAGAAUGAGAGAAGCGGUAUUAAGGUGUAUUAUAAAAGUGGUGCUUUCUUGUGUGAAGAAGAAAUAUCGGUGCAACAUUCGAUGACAGUGAGCGUGACUAAAAGACGUCAGUAUACACGUAUAUAAAUAUUCGAUAAAAAAAACACACACAAAUACAUUGACUAGCGUGACUAAGGUAUUUUUAACGAUGGAUGUGUCCUACCCAGUUCCCCAAUUAGCGUUAGCGUCCAUUUCCUCAAGAAUUGAUGUCGCAUCGCGUACAAAUUAUUGUUCGAAAAACUGGGAGAAAUGAGAGUGAGAAUGAGAAAGAAGCUUUAUAGUUACGGGAACGAAGAAAUUAUCUCCUGCGAUAACGAGACAGAACGAAUCUUCGGACGGGUUAGCUGAUGUCUGUCUGUCGAAUUAAAAUUAAAAAUGAAAUAGGGUGUGUGGAAGAAAGCGAGAAAGAGAAAGGAAGAAACUCCAUUAUCUGUAAUAAUACGUAUACAUGAGAUAUUAUUAUACAUUCGUGCUUGCUGGAUAUGAAUAACGGAACGUUAACUAUGUUUCUUCACUGAAUACUAAGUGUGUAUAUCUAAAUUUAAUGCUCGUCAGUACUGAUGGUUUCUGCUAUGUACUGAACGCCAUAUACAUCUAUGUAUGUAAGAAUAUUAUUUAGCACCAUCUCCCACAAAAAUCCCACACCCUUUUCCGAUAACGCAAGAGUUUACUGCCCGUUCCAUGUUAAGAUAUCCAAACUCUUCUUAUUGCUAGCUGCACCCGUUGUAUCCCCGGUACUUCCGGUAUGUAUGUAUGCUUUCUUUCGAAACCUCCAUUUUCUUCGAUUACCCCGCAUUAUUUUUCCGCAUUUAUUCGAACGAUUUAUACUCGCCAUUAAAUAUUUUGCGAAUACCGCUUUAGACUGCGCCGUUUUUAAGGCGGAUAGAUAGCGGCACAACGACAUUAUCGUCUGAAUAGAUGGAAAAGAUAAUUAAAAAGAAAAAACAUUUAAAAAAGGAAUUACCUUAUGCGCUGAGUGUAUAAACGAAUAAAAAAAAUAUAAAGUAUAUAUAUAUAUAUAGAAAGAGAGAAGAAGAAACAGAAAACAGAAGAAAAGAGAUUAUAUAGGAAAGCUUCGUAAACGUAUUUUUGACUCGAACGAGUGUUUAGAGGCUGCAUCGGACAUUAAAAACCCUUCAAACUCUGUGGUCCAAAGCGAGUUCUCGUGCCCUAACAGGGUCGAAGGCGAUCUUAUUUUCAUCUUUUUUUUUAUUUUACAAAUACAAUUAAAAAAUCGUGUUCUCUCGUCCUUCCGCCACUGUCUCCCGAACAUGUGUUGCCAAUAUAUGAAAAUCGAAUCGUGUGCCGGAAGAACGAGACGUAACGAAAGGACCGCGAGACAAUGAAACCACAGCAUCGAUUUGCGAACAUCCAAAAUCUAAACACUCAGUAACACUGUACACUUUACGCCCUGCAUACCCGAUCGAUCCCCCCCCCCCCCCCGUACCCUCGAGCCCCAAAUUAUCCGUGUGAUCUAUAUAUAGAUACCGUGUAUUACCGUUGAGUCGGCAAUGGCGUUCAAAGAAUCGACUAUUUUUUAAAACAACUAAGAGAGAAAGAAAUAUCGAGUGUCAAAUUAAAGCGUAUCAGGUGAAACGUGAGUUGAUCGGCGUUUUAUUAGAAAGGCAGAUUCAACGUGCAGGGUCGCAAGAACAAUUUUGUCCCAGUUUAUAUACUCUUUCGAGUAUUUAAUUAAUUACAGCUAAAAGAGAAAAGGACGAAGUGAAGAAAAUAAGUAAAUAGAUUCGCUCUCUUAACUUCCGUGAAGUUUCAGUCUCGUU